GCUAGAGCAGGACAUCUACCAGGGUCUACGGGACAACGUGAUGGAGUAACCUGGGGAUUGUGGGGUGGCAGACACUGGAGGUCCAUACUGACCCCCAGAGAGCAACAAAGAGGGAUCAGUCCUGCGCUGGUGGUUGGAAGUUACUUCUCAGACAUCCUCCUGGUCUACUCAGCCCUGAGUCACCGCAAUCUUACUCACAGUCACAACAAACUUUUGUCUGCUCUCUGCCGCCUUCCAUGUGAGGCUUACAAAGGAGAAGAAAGUUUGGAUAGUGACACCAGAAGCUUGUCCUCAGGAUCGCAGAGCGCAAGGUGAAGCCUGGAGAAGCAGGGAGUAAGGAGAAACUUCUCAGGAGCUGGACCUCUACAGCCUGGAUACAGGGAUUUGCUGGGUCUGAUCAGGUUGGGGGAGAUUGGGCAUUUUCUUGUGUGAUUUCCGAUCCUCUGGGCACAGUAGUGGUGUCCUCUCCUGUCACAGCCAUGCCUCAGCUCUCUGGAGCAGGGGGAGGCAAUGGUGGUGGAGACCCUGAGUUAUGUGCCACUGAUGAGAUGAUCCCAUUCAAGGAUGAAGGAGAUCCUCAGAAGGAGAAGAUCUAUGCCGAGAUCAGCCACCCUGAGGAGGAAGGAGACCUGGCAGACAUCAAGUCUUCUCUGGUGAAUGAGACUGAGAUCACUCCUAGCAGCAACAGCCAUGAGAUUUUAAGACAAAGGCAGGACUCCUACCAUGAAAAGUCCAGAGAGCACCCAGAUGAUGCUGGAAAACAUCCGGAUGGUGGUUUAUACAGCAAAGGCCAUUCGUAUCCUGGAUACCCAAGUUACAUCAUGAUGCCAAAUAUGAAUAAUGACCCCUACAUGUCAAAUGGAUCUUUGUCUCCACCCAUUCCUAGAACAUCAAACAAGGUCCCAGUGGUGCAGCCAUCGCAUGCAGUGCAUCCCCUCACCCCUCUCAUUACCUACAGUGAUGAGCACUUCGCACCUGGAGUCCACCCUUCACAUAUUCCGUCAGAUGUCGGCUCAAAGCAAGGCAUGCACAGGCAUCAUCAAGCACCUGACCUACCUACCUUCUACCCAAUGUCUCCUGGUGGUGUUGGCCAGAUGACUCCUCCUCUCGGCUGGUAUUCACAUCAUAUGGUUCCUGGCCCUCCAGGUCCACACCCAACUGGAAUCCCUCACCCCGCUAUUGUCAAUCCUCAGGUUAAACAAGAACACCAUCAUGACAAUGACUUAAUGCAUGUGAAAUCUCAUCAUGAACAGAGAAAAGAACAGGAGCCAAAAAGACCUCAUAUAAAGAAACCGCUGAACGCUUUUAUGUUGUAUAUGAAAGAGAUGAGAGCGAACGUUGUAGCAGAGUGUACGCUUAAAGAAAGUGCUGCCAUCAAUCAGAUCCUCGGCAGAAGGUGGCACGCUUUGUCUCGUGAAGAACAGGCCAAAUACUAUGAGUUAGCCCGAAAAGAAAGGCAGCUACACAUGCAGCUCUAUCCAGGCUGGUCUGCAAGGGACAACUAUGGUAAAAAGAAAAAAAGGAAGAGAGAAAAACUCCAAGAAUCCACAUCAGGUGCAGGCCCACCAAGAAUGACAGCCGCCUACAUCUGAAGCAUGGGGGGAAAAAGAAUUCUUUCUCAGCGUGUAAAGCAAAGGCAGCAACAGCAGGAGGACUCCUGGAGAUGGAAGCUUGUUAGACUCCCCAACUUCUCCAUUGACAGCAACACAAUCCCGAGGAGUCUACUAAUGACAUUGAUGUGCCACUGCUAGAGACACUGUACCGUAUAGACAAUCACUGCCUGUAGUUUGGCACCACUGGUACCCGGGGGGCCUUCAUGUUCCACAGAUAGAACCCCAAGGAGGAAAGGCAUUGCAAGAACCAUCAGGAUACAUUAUCCAUCACAUUCACUGCAGACGUGAAGUUCCUGAAGUGACCCAGCCACAGACCAAACAGAGCGCUGAUGUUGGACACAAACCAUGGACAAGACAAACCUCUUUUAUUUAAGAAUGGAGCAAAAGGAUCAAUUUUGAUUUUUUUUUUUUUUUAUCAUUGUAUUGUUUAUCUCCAUAAAACUUGAAUGCUUUUAUAUAUAUCAGAUUUAGGAUUGAUGUAUAUUUUAUUAGUCAGGGUAUAAACUAAGCCCCCACCACCCCUAUCCUGCUAAAACAAUCACACAAAAAAAGAAUCUUUUUGUGUUGUUUUUUUUUCUGCACGAAAAUAUCAUUUUUAUUUUUUUUCUCUUUACUUGGGGUGGAUAGGCCCUGGCAGCCUUUGAUGCUUCCAUUGUGAGAAGGGUUAUACGGAAAUAUAAUGUAUUGAAAAUAUAUAGAGAAGAGUUGUUUUUGAGAGACAAUAUAUGACAUUGAUGUCAAAGUUGUAUAUUGUGUAAGACAAGAAAGUGUUCUUAAAUUUCAUUUUUUUUUAAAUAGGUGGAAAUUAGGGGGGGGGCUUUAUAUGGUGAUUUGUGGAAAAUGAAUGCGUAACCUAGGAAGAAGUUUAGUAGCCCCCAUUUAUAAUUAGUGCAGUAUACAAUAUCCAAAAACUUACACCUAAGUGUUCUUAAAGAGGACCCGUCGCCUAGGAUGACUUGUCUUUUUUAGUACCUACUUGCAUUCCCCAUGUAAUAACAAUUCGGAAGCAUCUUACAUUAUAAGUACCGUAUAUACUGUGCUUAUUAUUCCUACUAGAUUUUAUAAUUAAAUUGCCUACUUGGUAUUACCAGUCACUUUGUCAAAGGGAUGUGUCCCUGUACAGUCUGCCUCAGCCUCAGCUGUCACUGACUGGACAAUGGCAGAUCGAGCAGGGACACCCCCCCCCCCCCAACUGGUAACACCCAGUUGGCAAUUAUUAAUUAACUUCUAGUAGGAAGAAUAGAGGAAUGACACAGCAUGGUAGAAUAAGAAUAGAUGCUCCAGAAUUGUCACUUCAUGUACAGUACGUACACCCGUUUACUAAACCAGACAUGCCAGGAGUGGUGACAGGUCCGCUUUAGGGACAGUUAUAGAAGAAUAAAGCUCUGUUCGAACAAGGUUCAUAGCCCCAAUAAUAACAUAGCCGUGAUAGCUUGGGCAGAUAUGUUUUCAAAGAAAUGGCAAUGAAUCCUGAUAGGCCUCACUGACUUAUAACGUGUUAUUAGCGCUAUCGGAACCGCUGAUGGACCAGAUCCUUAGCCACUGACAUUGUGUAGCCAAUGUUUGGCUAAGGGGCAAUGAAUAUAACAUUGGGCUCAGAUGACAUACCAAAGGUUGCCCGGUCCUCCUAGAAGCUCAUGGCCGGCACUCAAUAAUGUUACUGUACAUUGUCAUUUGUGAUGCACAGAAGGUACAUAUCAGGUCAGUGGUCAUCAAUAGCGUCAUCUAACUGCGGGCCAAGUUCUUCGAUGCCCCCCCCCAUCAUUGCUUCUUUUACGAUCCCUUAUUUUUCACAAAUACCCUGGACCUCUGUCGUCUACCCCUUUGUAUUAUGUCCAACACAUAUUUAAUAUAUAAGUCAUAAUGUAGGAAGACGUGCAGUCUUAUAUUUGGCCCGUUUGGAGAACCAUCCCAUGAGGGGUGAUGCAGUUUUGUGUAUUACUCCUCAAGAGCCCAGCACUUGGAUUCCUGGUUACAAUGUACAUUGUUUUGUAUUGUAUUUGUAUUAUUUUCUUCUGCUAACCUAUAGUGGGAUUUAAUGCCAGUUGUAAAAAACAAAAAACAAAAAAAAUAUAUAAGAUUUUUGAUGUGUCCCUUUAUCGAUAGCAAAGUACAGGCUUUGCAGAAAGAUAACUGUCAAUUCAUCUUUUUUUUGGUCAUUCCAAUCUGAGUUAAUGUGCUGAGCAUAUGUUUUUAAAAAAAUAAAAAGCUUUGUAA